GGAGGUACAAAAUACUUGAAAAACGAAAUGAAAUUUCCGUGUCGAAAAAACGAUUUUAACUAUGAAAGUUGAAGAAGCCAAAAAGGAAUUUGAAGCUUGACUAACCAAAUAAACAAUUAUAGCAGCUACAGACCUACAAAGAUGGGGGAAAUUAAGAUCAAGCAGCACAUACAGGAGUUGGAAAAACAUAUGCUGAAGUCUUGGAAAAUGACUUUCAGUUCUGUUGCAGACAUUGAGUUUAACACUAUGUUCAUGUUGUCUAGUAAAGUACUUGAUAAAACACAGUCAUACCAUGUCUCCCCAUCUGGUUUGAACAAAGACAGCUGGGAUUCCAUCCGACAGUUAGUACAAUUCCGCGAUGAAAGACUGAAGAAAAUCGUUCAAACAGAUGGAUCUUCAAGAGAAGAAAUUGUUGAAUCGGACAGUCUAUUAGCCAGCAGUCAUCCGGUUGUAUCCCCGGCAAUAGCAAUUGAUAACAGUCCAGAAUUGGCAGAAGGUGGGGAACAGAUACCGGAACUGUUGGAAUGUGAAUCACAGAACUAUGAAUCUUCAAGAUACAAUUAUGAUAUCAGACUCUCACUUGAGGACAAUGAAGAUGAAGAAGAUGCACAUGGUGAUGAUGGCCUAGGUCACAACACAGCAAUUAAUACACCAUCAAAUGAUAAUGAAAUAAGAUUCGAAAUGGAAACCAUUAAUGAUCAUCAUACUGAAAAUAUCAUGAGGAACCAACAGAAGGAGCCGAGCGAUAAAAAUGAAAAGCAAACUUCUUCAUUCUCUUUGAAUCAGUAUUUACAGAUUGAUGAACCUGAAAUACAAAAAGAAAAGAAAAAAAUUGAAGCAUCGCAAAUAAGUUGCUCAGUUUGUUACAAAAUAUUUGAAACUAAGAAAGAUUUUAACACACAUAUGAAGAUCCAUAUGGAGGGAGAGAAUCAGGAACAAUCAAUGCAACCAGUAGAAAAAAACAUAUAUGCAUUGGAGGCGGAUGUUGAAACAAAAGAGGAUAUUAUAGAUAUUGAGCAUCACAAUACAGGAAAGUGUCAGGAAUGCCCAGCCAGGUUUGGCACUAUGAAGGAAUUGAAUGACCACAUUAAAGUCACUCAUACCACUAGCGAUUCAGCCCACAUUGAUGGACACGCAGAUUUAGCACUCGCUGUCGUCACUGAUGAAGUUGAACAUAUUGACAUUGACAGAAAUACCACUACAGAAACUGGUAAAUGUAAAAAGAAUCGAGCAUGUAAAUCUGUUAAGAAUUCCUUUACAACAGUAAAAGAAUUGGGUCGACAUUUGAAGCGCAGUUCACCUAUUCCAAAACUCAAAUGUCCAAAUUGUAAGGAGUGUUUCCCAUCCCCAAGUCACCUGAAUCGCCAUGUUAAUGAUGCUCAUCCAGGGUCUAAAAAAGUUAAAGGUCAACAUUUGAACUCUAAAGAAGCUAAGAAGAAAUCUUGUGUAAAUUGUAACUUGGAAUUUUACACUCACAGUGGCUUGCGAAGACAUCUUCACGGAAGACCUCCAUAUCCAGAUUUCAACUGCCUUAAAUGUCCUGGAAAAUUUAAAUCAAAAUGUGUUCUGAAUGCUCAUAUAGAGAAAGAGCACCCAGGAAGUGCUGAAGAAGAAAGUACUAAACAAACAUUGGACAGAGAGAAAUCUACUAAGGCUUGUAGUAAUUGUAAAAAAGAAUUUUCCAGUUCUAGUUGCUUGAAUAGACAUCUAAAUGGGCGACCCCCUUAUCAUGAAUUCAAAUGUCCAGAAUGUUCAGAAAAAUUCAGAUCAAAGUGCCUUUUGAUUGUGCAUUUGAAAGAUGAUCAUCAGCAAAGUUCUGAAUUUGAAAUAACAUAUGAAUAUAAGAUUAUAUGCCCUUCAUGCCCUAAACGAUUUGCAUCAAACUCCCUAUUGACUGAACACAUGGUUGACAUUCAUCCGAGUCAUCCAUUGCCCAUUUCAAAUCAAGAAAGUGGCAAAAAUUCUUGUGAACUUUGUGGCAAAGGGUUUAGCUCGGGUCGUGCAUUAACGAGGCAUUUAGAUGGGAGACCACCCUUUCGAUCACUUCAAUGUAAGUUUUGCCCCGAGAAAGUCAAGUCCAAAUGUCGCUUAAGUUACCAUAUAGAGAUGGAACAUGUCCCCACACAAACUCAGAAUCAACAAAGAGCCUGUAAACUUUGUAACAAACAAUUUGAUAAUGAAAAUGCAUUAAAAAGGCAUUUAAAUGGAAAAUCCCCAUUUCAAAAAUUAGAAUGUUUUUUGUGCUCUGCUGAAAAAUUUCCGUCCAAAUGUCAGCUGAAAUUGCACAUUAAGGCAACACAUUCUGAUGCUGAAAUCCCUCCACAAAGUGACAGUAGCGGUGAUGAACUCCAAAUAAAUACUAGGACUUAUACAUGUAGUGUUCUACAGUGUGGCAAAGAGUUUCAAGAUUUUACAAGUUUACGACAACAUAAGUGCUCCCAGGCAAACAUCUUGGCCAGAACAAAAUGUAAUCUUUGUCCAAAAACCUUUGCGGAAAGCUCCCGGCUGAAAGUUCAUUUGAGGCGGGGUCAUAAAAUAAAACCACCCGAAAGAAACAAAAUUCAACCUCCAGCAGGUCCCCCAUACAAAUGCACUGAAUGUGACACAGUGUCCCCUAACCUUCUUCAAUGGAGACUGCAUCAUAGGGACAAACACUUAGCAAAAGAAUAUAUAUGUGAAGUAUGCAGCAAAGCCUUCACAUCCCCCGGAAGACUAAAACAACAUCUUAUUAUCGCUCAUGAUAUGGAUCCAGAAAAUGAGAUGUGUAUCGAAGGAAGAAUAUCCCGACUCUACAAAUGCAAAACCUGUGAUAAAACAUUCCAAUCGUCAAGUGGCUUGAGGAAACAUGAGCCACAUCACACUGGGAUGUUUAUAUGUGAUAAAUGUCCGAAACAAUUUCCAACGAAAUACAGUCUGAAAAAACAUAUCGAGGCCAAGCAUAUGCCGAACUCUAAGCCGCUACCAUUGAACUACGGCAGUGCACCGCCAUAUAGAUGUUCUUAUGAGGGCUGUGAUAAAAUGUGCAGUUCAAUGGCAAGGUUUAGAUUCCACUUCACCAUGCAUUCCCAAGAUAAUAUGAUCCGGUGUUCAAUCUGUGAUAGGGGGUUCUGGAGAAAAUCUGUACUGGACGAACAUAUUGCUGUGACACAUCGGGGAGAACGCUACCACUGCUUUGGAUGUUCCAGAACCUUUAUGACCAGAGCGAAAUGUAAACUUCACAUGCAGAAACAAAACCACCAGACAAGGGAAGGAAUUCCUUACAGGCGACCUGUAGAUUCCACUAACACCAAGGAUGUUACGAACAAUGCUCUACUAUUGAAUAAAUCCAUGGAACAUCCCGGAUUGAAUCCCUUACAAAUGGAACUUGGGUGAAACAUUGGUUGAACUUGCUGGAGACAUCUCACUACAAAAUAGUUUCUCCUGGGAUUUUGUUUUCAUCAGAUUAAUAAGAUGAAAUAUUUAUCCCAGUAUAUUGCAGGACAGUGAUGUGAACUACGUAUGUGUGGUUUCAUUAAAGUAAGUGGAUUAUUGAACAAACAAUAUGAAUGAAUUACUUGUAUUUAGAUCUGGGUUUUUGCUUUGAAGUUUAACUGCAUUGAAGGUACCACUACUACAUUGGAUGGCAACCACUCCUCACCUGUUCAGUAAUGAAAAUACAAGUCUCAGUUUGAAGAACAGUCUCAUGGGCUUAUCAUUUUUUGUGAAAAAUAUAGAAAUAACACCCAAAUUAAAUUAUGAAUAUUCAAAAGAGGAUGGACUUUUAAAUCU